AUGUCGUCGACCCAGCCUAAACUCCCAACGAAACGGAAAGCCACAGAAGACCUGAAUCCUCUACUUGCUGCAGCAAAGAGAGUGAAAAAGGACCAAGCCAAGACACUGGCCAAUAAACGUCAAUUGCUCAAUGGCGAGGAGAAGGAGAAAGCAGGGGGAAGUGGCGGGCAUAGGAGGAAGAGCUCAGUCGGCUCAAGGGGAAAGAGGAUAAGCGAAGUCUUCGAGAAUACGGGAAUAAUAUCCCAACCUCAUAACUCAGUCUCCGACUCGAGUUUUUACAAACACAUUGAUCUCGACUUGGACGAGCCCGAGCGCGUCCGACAGCUCCUGACGUGGUGCUCGGCUCGCGCAGCAUCUUCCUAUGCAACUUCUCCGCCAAGUACCUCGAUAGCGUCUUCGUCGACCGCGUCACCCCCAUCGAAACUUCCCGUACUUUCCGCCGUCGGCGCGACUGCUAUUAAGAACGUGCAAGAUAGCAUGCUCCGGAUGCUCGCUGAGAAGAAGAUUCCGAUUCGGUUGUACUCUAAAGAUGAAUCGAACGAACCUGAUGAUGGUAGCCAUAAGAAGGAGAAUGCGCAGAAUACGAAGAAUCGGCAAUGGGAGACGACGUAUAGUUCACAGAUACAAAGAGCUCGGCAAGAAGCAGAUCGUUGGAAUCAUGUCGACACAUUCUAUGAGGACUACCUCAAGCGCAUAACGCCUACCGAUUCACAAUCUCCCUCCACCCCGUCCUCAAAGUCGAAAGGCAAGCAGCGUGCCUCGGACGACGAUAUUGACGAGGACGACGACUGGAAGAUAAGAGAACACGCCCUUCCUGAGACCCUCAGAUCCGGAUUAGAUCUUGCUAAGGCCGUCUUGUCUCAAAUGAAGACGCGUGGAAAGGGAGAGAAGCGGAUCGUCGGGCCAGCGUCGACGUAUGCAGCACAUAUACGGGAAUGCGAAGAAAGGGAGGCGGAACUACGGCGGCAGGAGAAGGACCUGGAAUUCAACCUCGAUAUGAUCAAUUCCUUCCUCAAUACGGCCAGGGAGACGACGAAUAUCGCAGAGGCGACUCUCGACCAGCGGUUUGCUUUGCUUUCAUUUAGCCUGGCAUCACGCUCGAAUCCCAUGCCCCCGGAGUCUGCUGGGACAGGACAUUUGCUAUCGAGCUACGUCCCGCGCGAGUUGGGAGGCAUCGUGUCGGGUGGUAGUGCGGACCCGCAGGAGCUCAUGCGGGCCUUGGCCAAUGUCGACCGCGAGCGUCCUCCCAGUCAGGUUGGCGACGCUGCUCGGCGUGCUGUCAGAGAGGUGCAACGAGCGGAGGAGAGGGGUGCUGGCAUUGGCGAACGGCGGCUGACUGGGGUACCGAUGGUACCAACGACGCCGAGGAAGAUGCCCGGUACACCAAGGCGAGCGACUACUCCUGGUCGGGGCACCACACCUGGGCGGGACAGGGAGUAUCGAUGA